AGCUGAUGGCAGCAGAGCAGAGGCGCAAGUAUAGUGUUGACAACGCCACCUUGGAUCUAUUCCCUUUUGUUAUUUAUUUCCUAAAGGUUAUUUAUUUGGAAAGAACAAAGCGAAACCGGAGAAAAGGAAAGACAUGUCUUAAUGUAUUUCAUACCUGAGUCUGAUCCAUGUGCCAGUCAGCUGAAGCAUGCUGGAAGUAUGCAGCCCAUAACCAGAAGAGAUGCCGGAGUCUGGCAUCAGACGAGGAGCCUGCUCUACAAAAACCUGCUGAUCAAAUGGAGGACCAAACAACAGAGUCUCCAGGAGCUGAUCUUGCCGUUGCUCCUCCUGGGCCUCCUGAUCCUCAUCAGCACCCUCAACCCUCAUGUCUCAUACGGCAGUAUCAGCACUAAGGAGCUGGAGUAUGAACGGGACCUGACGCUCAAAGGUCUUGGCUACACCCCCAUCAACAAUGUCACCAAUCACAUCAUGGAAGAGGUUGCGCGGGAACUGCCUAUGAAUGAGCGAUUAGAUAUGUUCUCCACUGAGGAAGACUUGGAGAAUGCCAGUCUCUAUGAACCUGAUGGCUACGUGGGAGUGGUCUUCUUGGAUUCAAUGUCAUAUCGUCUGCGAUUCCCAUACAACCAGCUUCCUCUGCCUAGUGACUUCACUGAAUCCAUAACAAGCUGUUACACAAACUAUGUCAACUGCCGUGCUGCCAACUACUGGUAUUCUGGAUUCGUACGGCUGCAGUCUCUCAUUGAUGCUGCCAUUAUACAGUUGAAGACCAAACGCCCCGUGUGGAACGAAUUAAAAGUGCGUGCAGUGAUGAUGGGACAUCCAGGUUCAGUGGAGGUCCAGAAGUUCCCUCACGCCCUGAUCUCCAUCUAUCUAGUGCUGGCAUUUACACCCUUUGUGUCCUUCCUUAUUGUCAAUGUGGCUGCUGAAAAAGAGCAGCGGCUGAAAGACACCAUGAGCAUGAUGGGACUGUAUGACUCUGCCUUUUGGCUUUCAUGGGGCCUUCUCUAUGCCGCACUAGUGACGACCAUGUCCAUUCUCAUGGCUGUUAUAGCAACCUGCACGCCCCUGUUCUCCAACAGCAACUUCUUUGUCAUCUUCCUCCUCAUUUUCCUCUAUGGAAUAUCCUCCAUUUUCUUCUCCUUCAUGUUGACCCCUUUGUUUAAGAAGCCCAAGUUUGCGAGUACAGUGGGCUCCAUGCUCACUGUGGUGUUUGGAUGUCUGUCUCUUUUCACUGUGCUGAUGAGAGAUUUCCCCCAGUCAGCUGUGUGGCUCCUCUGCCUUCUGUCCCCCAGCGCCUUCUCUAUCGGCAUUGCCCAGGUGGUGUAUCUGGAAGCUCAAGGGGACGGCGCUGUGUUCUCCACUCUUGGCAUUGGUCCUCACGCACUCUAUGUUCCCAUGGUCAUGCUGUUCUUGGACUGCAUUCUCUACCUACUUGUAGCCAUUUACCUGGACCAAGUGCUACCAGGCGAGUUUGGCACAAGGCGCUCAGUGCUGUACUUCCUACAGCCAUCCUACUGGUCAAAGCGAAGGAAGCGCUAUGUGGAGGUGAGCUCUGUGUACGAGGGCGAGGUGAACGGAACCCCUGUGAAUGAUGAAUCAGUGGAGGCGGUUUCUCCUGAAUUUAGAGGCAAAGAGGUUAUCAGGAUCUGUAAUAUCCGUAAAAUCUACAAGGAGAAAGACAACAAAGUGGAGGCUUUGAGAGGUUUGACUUUUGACAUCUAUGAGGGUCAGAUCACAGCCCUGCUGGGUCACAGUGGAGCAGGAAAAUCCACCCUCAUGAACAUCCUGUGUGGCAUCUGCCCCCCUACAGAAGGCACCGCAACCAUCUAUGGAUCUCCAGUGGCCGAGAUUGCAGAGGGGGCCGAGAUGAAACAGCUGGUUGGUAUAUGUCCCCAGUUCAACAUCAUCUUUGAUGUCCUCACUGUAGAGGAACACCUGAGGAUCUUUGCUGCCAUCAAAGGGAUCCUGCCCUCUGAUAUUGACGGUGAGGUGAGGAAGGUUCUAAAGGAUCUGGAUUUGGAAAAGAUUAUGGAUGCCCAGGCGAAGAACCUGAGUGGAGGCCAGAAGAGGAAGCUCUCUGUGGGCAUAGCAGUUCUCGGAGACCCAAAGGUCCUCCUACUCGAUGAGCCUACGGCCGGCAUGGACCCAGUGUCUCGGCACCAGGUUUGGUCCUUACUGAAGAGCCGUAAAGCAGGCAGAGUUACUGUACUCAGCACUCAUUACAUGGAUGAGGCAGAUAUACUUGCAGAUCGUAAAGCUGUCAUCUCUCAAGGACAGCUAAAAUGUGUUGGUUCCUCUUUGUACUUGAAGACCAAAUGUGGGGUUGGCUACCAUCUCAGAAUGUCUGUGACUGAAGGCUGUGAGGUGGACAACAUCGCAUCACUGGUCAAGAAUCAUGUUCCCAAAGCUCAGUUGUCAAGGCAGCAAGAGGCUGAGCUUACGUUCACGUUGCCUUUCGAGAGCAUGGACACUUUCCCAGGGCUAUUUGCGGAGCUAGACUGUCGACCUGACCUGGGUAUCAUUAACUAUGGUGUCUCCAUGACAACGCUAGAGGAUGUAUUCCUGCGUCUAGAGGCAGAAGCAGAAGUGGAUCAGGCUGACUACAGUGUGUUUAACCAGGAGAAGGUGGAAGAAGAGGGAGACUCAUGCUCUCUGGAUGACACGGACCAGAGGCUGCUGACGUUUUCAGACAGCAGGCAGGAUGCAGUAACCGGUCAUGCCCUCUGGAGGCAGCAGUUUAGCACUGUGGCCUGGCUGCACAUGCUCAACCUUCAGAGAGAGAGAAAACCGAUUAUAUACAAUUUGACGCUGUUCCUGGUUUUCUUGUGUGCAAUGCUGAUUCUAUCUGUGGCCACAGGAAACAUUCAGAUUCAUUCUCCUGAAAGGCUGUUUUCACCUAUAUACCUGCUGCGCCGCAACGAGGCUCCUCAUAAAUACACCAGCAGCCUGCUUGUGCAAAACUCCUCCUAUUCUGACCUGACAGGUUUCAUCCACAAUCUGGAGUCUCAAGACAUUAAAGUGGAAAUGAUGAAUAAACCAGACUACAUGUCUGCUGCGCCUGUCAGCGCCGCCAUCAAUGUGACUGGAUCCGGGAAGGAUUUUAACUACAUUUUAGCAUUUAACAGUACCACCGUGCACUCCUUGCCCAUGGCUGUCAAUGUGCUCAGUAACGCCCUCCUCAGGGGCUUUAACGGCACUGGACGCAUUAGAACAUGGACUAAACCUUUCGACUAUCAAAUCCCAGAUAAGACGUCCUACGCCCUGGUUUACAUUGAGGCUGUAAUUCUUGGGAUGCUGGCUGCUGGGAUGCCUGCCUACUUUGCAAUGGACCACACACGAGACAGAGAGUUGAAGUGUCGCUCGACCUUGAGGAUCUCUGGUCUUGUUCCUUCGGCGUACUGGUGUGGUCAGGCAGCGAUCGAUGUCCCUUUCUAUUAUCUCAUCUUAACCUGUAUGACCAGCACCCUGUUUGCCUUUCAUUCUACAAACCUGCUUACCUCCCAUAACAUCAUGUCUGUGGCUCUGUGUCUGAUUGGCUUUUCUCCAGCCAUGGUUCUCUUCACAUACUGCGUGUCGUUCAUGUUUGUCAGAGUCCAGAGCAAUAGGGACUUCUUCUCAGUGUUGUCCAUGAUGUUGUGUGUGGUCUCUGCAUCCAUAGUCCAGCUGGCUCUUGUGAAUGAAAAUUCUGGUGUCGCUCGUCUACUGCACAAUGCACUGUGUUUCUUCAGUCCACUUUACCCUCUUAUGGGCUGCCUUAACUGCAUUACCAUGGCCACCUUUCUUCAGUCCCCUCAUGAUGAUGAUUUCCUGUGGAAGAACCUCUUCAUCUCUGUUGUGGCUCCGUAUAUCCAGUGUAUCCUGCUGCUCUUUACCCUGAGAUGUCUGGAGAUCAGAUAUGGAGGGAAGACCAUGAAAAAUGACCAGCUCUGCAGGAUUUCCUCCCAAGCAAAGAGCAAAGCUCAGCGGAACCCAGAGGAGAGUGUGAGUGAGGAUGAGGACGUUCAGAUGGAGAAAGCUCGAGUGAAGGAGGCGUUGACCUGUCAGUGCUGUGAGGAGAAGCCAGUGGUGGUGGUGAGUAACCUCAGGAAACAGUACAAAGGCAAGAGGGAGGCCUUCUCGCUCAACAAGAGAAGGAAAGUGGCCACUAAGAACAUCUCCUUCUGUGUUCGCAAAGGUGAGGUUUUGGGUCUGCUGGGACCAAAUGGAGCAGGAAAGAGCACUAUAAUGCACAUGCUGUCUGGAGACACUGAACCCAAUGCUGGACAGAUUCUGAUGGGAGAUUAUGGCACAGACUUCCAGCCAGUGGAGAACCCCUUGGAGCAUGUUGGGUACUGUCCUCAGGUGAACCCUCUGUGGCCUAGAAUCACUCUACUGGAGCACCUGGAGAUCUAUGCUGCCAUCAAGGGGCUGCAUCAACGAGAUAUCCCAAACAUCAUUAAGCGUGUUGUAAAUGCUCUAGAGCUAAAGGAUCAUCUUUACAAACAGGCAAAAAACUUGUCUGCUGGGCUUAAGAGGAAGUUGUGCUUUGCACUGAGCAUGCUGGGAAAUCCUCAGAUAGUUCUGUUGGACGAACCAUCUACAGGGAUGGAUCCCAAAUCAAAACAGCGCAUGUGGAGGGCAAUCCGUGCUGCCUUUAAGAACAAACAGCGAGGGGCUCUUUUGACCACCCACUACAUGGAAGAGGCGGAGGCUGUGUGUGACCGUGUGGCCAUCAUGGUUUCGGGUCAGCUGAGGUGUAUUGGCUCAAUUCAGCACUUGAAGGGGAAGUUUGGCAGAGGCUACAGCCUAGAGAUUAAUCUCAGGGAGGAGCUCACGGGUCUCCAGCAGGUAGCGCUGUUGCACAAAGAGAUACUGAAGAUAUUUCCCCAUGCUGCUCGUCAGGACAGUUUUGCCACUCUAAUGGUGUAUAAAAUCCCAAUGGAAGAUGUGAAGUCACUAGCCAAGUCAUUUGCUCAGUUGGAAAGUGCUAAACAGAACUUUCAAUUUGAAGAGUACAACUUCUCCCAGUCAACCCUUGAACAAGUUUUCAUGGAGUUCGCUAAAGAGCAGGAGAAAGAAGAGGAGGAAGUCGGAUCGCUUAGCACGACAUUUCAAUGGCAGAGACUGAGACAGGAUGGCCCUAUAUCCAUCAAUCACGCUGACAGCAUAGUGCACCAGCUAUGAGGCAAUCCUGUCCUGCCUUCCCUGAAGCGUUGUGCCCUUUUCUCUCCGUCUCUCUCUUUCUAUCACUCCGCAUGUGCCGUCCUUUGCCUUAAGAUGGAUGGGACACUCAGGACAAUAGUAUGGAGACUCCAGUGGCCACUUGCACACAUACGUGUGGGCUGUGAUACUCGCUUUGGCUCUGGUACUGGCACUUGCUCAGAUACGAUCUGACACGCAACUCGCGCGUCAGCUGUAGAUGCCGAGCUAGACUUGGCAGUUCUUUUUUUUUUUUUUUUUAUGAAGAUUUUUAUUUUUUAAAUCGAACUUCUUAUACCUUUUUUUCACCCAUUGUUGUGCAUCGUGCUCACAUUCUGUUGUCAAAAUACACUACUUCAGUCACUGGGAAAUUAGUUGCAUGGAGCAGGUUCCACGUUAUUGAAGCGGUACCAAAGUCUCACUCACAUCGACACCAAUACAGUGCGUUUUGGUGUCUGUAGCAUGGUAUAUAAACGUGUGUAUGUACAGCUAUAUAACUCAAUUAUCUAUGUGUACUGUUGUAAGGUAAAUUUUCAGACUGGAGAAUCUCAUGGCAAAUUUUCUGGCAGCAUUAACACUGAGAUUUACCAGCAUGUAGUGGGCUGCUCUCGAUUCUUGUUACCAUUUUUAGGGCGGAGUGGCCCUGCCGGUGCAUGAAGCCUCUUCUGUCUCUGCUGCACCCGGGAGAUCUCCAAGACUCCUUUCUAAAACACCAGCACAUGUUUCAGGCCUUCACACAGAGCUCUCCAAAGAAAAACAGGGCUAAGCACUCACAGCAAGCAAGCGAGUGGGUUGAAAUCAAGACGAUGUAGAGCUUCUCUCGGUCAUCCCUUUUCCAUCUCGUCGUCAGGUGGCCUUCCUAUAGGAGCAGUUUAAAAUCAGUAGCUUGCUCACAAUACGUACCAUACCAUGUAGCACUCCAGAUUAGUUGCAAACUGCUGAGUGGUCUUAUUUUGUUUGUUCUGUUUUAAAUGAAAGCAAAUCUGCUUUAUGAACUGAGCACUGAAUGUACAGUGGUACUUUUUGCUGACUUUUCAUGGUGAGCCAUGGGAUGUGGAUUAAGUAUCCAGUUUAAGUCGUCACUUUUAAAUGAUUUGGAAGGCUUUUAGGCUCAUUUUCAGGUGGCUGGUUCUUGGUUAAGAGGGUUAAUCUUAUGCUUUGGAAAAUUUUUGAUUAAACCAAUGAUUAAACGAUCACCUCUAUGUUGUGUAAGUGAAAUCCCUAAAUUGAUUUCCCUGUAGUGCAAUGGACCGCAUUGGUGAAUACUGUACCUUUUACAAAUUAAUCAUAUACAACAAUGUCUAAACUUUUUUUUUAUUAUUAUUAUAAUAGGUAAUACUUUUAAUUAAAUAAGGUUCUAUGCAUUAGUUAAUGCAGUAGCUGGUUUGGAAUAUAUUGGAAACAAAACGUGUUUUUUGUUAAAUUUUAGGUUUAAUUAAUGUUUUAUCACCAAACAUGCAUUAACUAAUGUCAACUAAUAGAAGAUUAUUGUAAAGUAUUACCAAUUAAAGUUAUUCUUUAUUAGCGAGAGUGGGCUGCCAUUCUCAUUUCUCUCUCUUCGUGUUGGUUGAAGUAUUUAAGCUGAUAAACCAAUGUGUUCUACUCUCAACUGAAAGUGUUCUGGUUUCAGAACUCUGCAAACGUGUUUACACUCAGUGCAUCUUUCUGAUAUUCCUUUGUCCUGUAGAUUUGUCCUUAUCCAGCUUCUAGCGAUGGUGAUCCAGAACUGGAUGUUGUUGGCAUAAAGAACUCUGUCCCAAGUGCUGGUUCUCUUGUUGGAAGAACUUCUGAAAGUUGUUUGCUAGAUGUUUCAUCAUGGUUACCCUUGAACAAAUCUGUUGUAGAUAGUUAAGUUUUCGGAUUAUACUCGGUUGGAAAUAUAUAGGUACUUUUAAAUUUUCUGGACAUUUAACCCUAGUUGAAUGUGAAUCGGUGUAUAAAGUGUUGUGUGGAGCGGUCCGCAAAAAUUGUAAUCGAUGCCAAGUUGGCAAGUGAUGUGGACUAUAUGCAUUUUAUUUUUUGGCUUCAUCUUCCUAAGUUUGAUUUACAGCAAAUCAAACUCUUGUCUAUUUUUAGAGAUUCUCAAUGCAACUUACGUAGCAUUUAAGGUAUCUCAAAGUUUUUAAAUGAACGAUGUCUUUUGAAUCAGAUCUUUGGGAAAUAAUGAUGGUUGACGCAGUGAAUUUUUAGGGGGGAGAGAAUUGUAAUUUUUGCACAAAUAUAGCCUGUCAUGUCAGUAAUGUAUACAAUUUUCUGUAAUGUUUAACACUGACCAGUUUAGUCUCCUGGACUGGGUUGGAAUGGGAUGAUUAUAUUGAACACUCUCUAACAUCUAUUUAACCAAUACCUUUAUUCCCUCCAAAGUGCAAUAUAUGAAUACUUGUGCGUGUGAGUAAUUAAUGCAUUAUGUAGACGUGUCAUUGCAAACUGCAAUAUUAAUGUCGUCUCUCUUGUGAUCUCAGAUGUCUUGCAGUACAAUGUAGCCACAAAUCUAUAAUCUUUUAGAACGCUUCGCACUCUUCGCUAGUGCCCGUUUCCUGCCGUUUGUAUGCAAAAAUUCUGUUUGACAAUAAAUUGUAUUCAUGAUGUGAAUGUGAAUAAGUUGCACAUAUUUCACUAGUGUAUAUUAUUUGAUUUAAUUAAGCCUGUUUUUUAGCACUAAGAUGGUUAAUAUAUACUCCAAUUGUUA